UGCAGCAUUAUUAACAUCAGCAGCAGUGAUUGGGAAGAAAAUAGGCAGGUAAGUAUUAAAUGUAAGAACCACAGCGAUGGCGAGGAGGAAAGGAAGAAAAAGAGGAUGAAAGUCUCCACUAACAUCAGGAAGAGGAAAAGAAGCAGCAGUAGCCUCACUGACAACAGCAGCGAUUGGGGAGUAAAUAGUGGAGAAAAGUUUAAAAAGGUGAGUAUUAAAUGUAAGAACCACAGUGAUGGCGAGGAGGAAAGGGAGAAAAAGAGGCAAAAACUCUCCAGUGACAUCAGGAAGAGGAAAAGAAGCAGCAGUAGCAUCACUGACAACAGCAGCGAUUGGGGAGUAAAUAGUGGAGAAAAGUUUAGGAAGAGAAAAAACGGCAGCACAGACAGCAGCGCUGGAGAAGGAUGCAGCCAGAAGCCCUGUGUUCAGGUCAGGAGGCCCCUCGCUUUGGACAUCACAAGCUACACAUUCCAUCGUGUACUUGGACGGGGUACAUUUGGCAAAGUCAUGUUGGCUUCCACACCUACCAACAGUCAACAAGUGGCCAUUAAGGUCAUCGUGAAGAAGCCACAGAUGGCGAACAGACAGAGCAUUCUGCGGGAGGCACGAGUGCUAAGGGUUGCUGCUGGGCACCCAUACCUGUGCCAUAUGCAUGCAGCCUUUCAAACACAGAACUACGCCUUCAUCGCUAUGGAGUUUGCCAGUGGAGGAAGCCUUAAGGAUCUUCUCAAGAAGGAACACCACCUGAAAACCAGACAAGUGAUCUUCUACUCUGCGGAGAUGGUGUGCGGCCUGCAGUAUCUUCACUCUCGUGGAAUUAUCCAUUGGUAAGUUAAAUCCUGCUCUCAAUUCUAAGAUUUGUUUUGUAUUCUCCAAUUUAGACAAAAUGUCAAGGGAAAAGAUGCCCUAAGAGUUCCUUAACACUGGCACUGAUAUAUAUGUUAGUGAAAUGCUUUCAAUGCCUGUGCGUUUGAGCACCAUGGUGAAUAUGCUACUCAUGGGACCUAUACUUGCAACAGAGACGGUGUUUGGGUGCAUUAUAGACACAGGCAAAAUGCUGCAUAA